AUGGCAGAAGUUCUAUCGCAGAUCUGUUCACUAUCAUCACAGCUUCAUCAUUCAGAUGAAAUAGCUGACCAAGAUUAUGACAAUCAAACACAUGAUCUUCUUGCACAGCUGAGACAGAUAAUCCCUACAGCUUCAGAUAUCAGAUCUGGUGGUUUUUACUUUCUGGAUAAUCUCAACCCAUCACUUCACUCACUUCCGUACCUGCUCAUAUGGGGCUACCACGUCUGUUCCAUUCGAAGUGAAACUGGUAAUCCUUUCCCAGAAGAUGUACGCCCUGGAGGGAAGUUAUGGUCAAAGGCCGUACAUUUCUUAACGGGGUUCGAUCCCGUUCAAGUGAGAUAUGCUAGUAGUGAGUGGCGAGAACUUGUUGAACUGGUGGGACAAAGUGCGUUGGCGGUUUCGAAGCCAUUUCUGGCAAUUCAACCGAUCCGAGAAGCUAUAUUUCGUCUGGACUCAUCAUGUUCAGUUUUCACUUCAACUCAUCUCUUACUUGUCAAGCUCUGUUUACACGCGCGAGCGUAUAAACAUGCUUUGCCUAUCCUCAACAAACCAAUAUGCCACUUCCCCGCAGGGUCAGAGCAGGCUCAGCUAGAGAAUCAGCAGCCUACCCUGCGAGCACGCCAUGAAUCUAGCGCACAAAUCCUAAGAAACUCUUCUGGGCUUUCCGCGAAGAUCACAUACAGGGAGCACUUGGAAUAUUUCCUUAAUGGUGCCAUGAUUUAUAUGGUCCUUAAGCAAUGGAAGAAGGCACUCCAUUUUCUCACCAUAGUCAUUUCAUCUCCUGUCAUCAACUCGGUCAGCAUGGUCAUGGUGGAGGCGUACAAAAAGUGGAUUUUAGCAAGCUUGCUGGAGAACGGGAGGCUAGUCCAGACCCCUGCUGUCAUAUCUUCUCACACAAUAAAGAUCUAUCGAUCUAUAACGAAGCCUUACAUCACACUGGCGGGGGCCUUCGAAAGUGGUGACUUUUCAAGACUGGGGGCUGAGGUGGAUAUUGCACGGCCCAUUUGGCAUAUGGACGGUAAUACCGGCCUUAUUCUCCAAGUAGUGAGUGCCUUCGAGAAAUUCAGAUACCACAAGUUAGGAGGAACAUUCGCAGCUCUCACGGUAUCAGAUGCAAUGGAGCGGGCACCCAGCUGCUCUGUGCAUUUGACGAACAUCGAACAAUUAAUUGCGACACUCAUCAUGUCCAAGGCCUUGAACGCGACUUUGUCACAUCCAAAUGAUCUCACGAAAUCUACAAUGCUUCGGUUCUCGGGCCUGGGAUCAAGGGCUUCUGUAUCGAAGGAUUCAGUUACGCAAUCGCAGUUAGUUGAAGGUGGUUGGUCAUUAGCAAGUCUCAUGACGCACGUUGAAGGAGGGGACUAUGCUUUGGGAAUGAGCAAAGAGUACAUUGAAAAUCUUCAGAAGAAUCAGAAGCAAACCGGCGGUCCCCUGAAGGACAGCAAGAAUGUGGGCAGUUUUUCUGGUGGCUUUGAUAUUGAAGAGGAUAUCAUGGGGGGUCUGUGCUAA